AUGACCAUUUUGCGACCUUCUUUCAACCACCAUGCCAACACACGCAUAUCUCAAACGCCGCUAGUUGAUAUUUUUUCCGACAAAGGAGAAUAUCUGAUGAAGUUGUCCAUUGGCACGCCACCAGUCGAAACUUUAGCCGUUGUCGACACCGGCAGCGACCUUGUUUGGAUCCAAUGCAAGCCUUGUACAGAAUGCUUUCUCCAAAAAGCCCCACUUUUUCAACCUAAGCUUUCUUCAACCUACAAACCUGCUGCUUGUACUUCUGCUCCAUGCAAUGCCCUUCAUGGGAGGACUUCUUGUCUCCAGGACACUUGUCGUUACACCAUUGGAUAUGGCGACAAGUCGUUUAGUAUUGGUUACCUUGCCACGGAAACUCUAAGAUUAGGUUCCGUGGCAAUUCCCAAUGUUGUUAUUGGAUGUGGACAUAACAACCGUGGCACAUUUGGUCCUCAUGUGACCGGUAUUGUGGGCUUAGGUGGUGGUGAAUUGUCACUGAUCACCCAAAUGGGAUCUUUGAUCCGAGGCAGAUUCUCCUACUGCCUCGGAUCAUACAUAGGCGGAGCCUUGUCUUCUAGUAAAAUGAGUUUUGGCGAUGAUGCUGACGUGUCAGGUGAUGACGUGGAGACAACUGUCUUAGUGGCCAGGUUCCCUAAGACUUUCUACUUCUUGACAUUAGAAGGGAUUAGUGUUGGGAAUAAUAGAAUUGAAUUUGACAGCCAUUCAUCUUCAAAUAGUUAUAAGGGAAUUGAGGAUGGCAAUAUCAUCAUUGACUCAGGUACAACAUUGACUUUUCUUCCACAGGAAUUAUACAAUAAAGUUACGGCACAAGUGAGGAGUCAUAUGAACAUGAAAGAAGUGGAUGAUCCUAAGGGGCUGUUGGAUUUAUGCUAUUAUUCAACAAGUGUAACAAAAGUUCCAGAAAUCGUAUUUCAUUUCAAAGGGGCUGAUGUGAAAUUGAAGCCUCUAAACACUUUUAUCAAGACUAGGGAAAAUAAUUUGUGCCUAGCUUUUGCACCCACAAAUGAUGAGCCAAUAUUUGGUAAUUUGGCACAAAUGGAUUUCUUGAUAGGAUAUGACUUAGAAAAUAAGAUAGUAUCCUUUAAACCUACAGAUUGCAACUAG